GGAAACAAAGGACAUCAAAACCAAAAAGACAAUGAGGACUGUUGCAGCUUUUGUUCUUUUAGCCUGUCUGGUUGCUUUAGGAGUGAAAGGCCAGGACAGGUCCAGGGGCAGAUGUCUUUGUGCUGAUAUAGGAGUGAACAUUGUUUUAAGAAAGAACAUUGAGAAGGUUGAAAUUAUACCUCCAAGUGCAUCUUGUGAAAGACAGGAGAUUAUUGUCACUCUGAAGAACAGCGCUGGACAGAAAUGUUUGAAUCCAGAGUCGAAAUUCACUAAAAAUAUCAUCCUGAGGACACUUGAAAAACGGGGCCAACAGUAGGACGCUUUCAACAAAACUGCUCAAGAGAACUCACACACUGUCUGAAUUUAAGCUCAUUCCUAUUUUUUUCCUGUAAAAAGGCGAUGGUUUUUGUUAAACCACUAAACAAUGUGUCAUAUGUAUAGUCUUUUUACAAUUUGUUUCAUGACCGUAGUUGAUUCUAUUUUUUAUUGUCCAUGUACAGAACUGCUUAAUAAAGCUUACAAUUUAAAUACAAACGCUUCAGUUGAGAUCUUGUGCAUGUACUGUAUGUGUUUAGUGACUCUG